AUUUAUGUGCAACAUAAAGGAAUUUAUACUAUCUGUUUUUUGUUCAUUAUAGUUUUGUCCCGGAAUUUCUAUUUUCCGGAUUUGACGUCUUAUCCUUGCCGUACUUUAGUUCGGCCGUCGACAGGAUCACGUGACUUCUUUGUUUAUGUUCACUGGCGGAGAAAAUUUUUUUCAACUUUAUCUUGCUCUACUUUGGUGCUAGAAAUCACACCUAGCCAUACGGUUGUUGCACAAAAAGAAAUUCACAGUUGCCUGGACUAUAAGGCCAAGCAAACAAAGCCAGAUGAACGUUCAAUGAUACGUCAGAUAUUAUGGGCAGAACAGACACCCAGGUGGCCAGCAGUAGCCAAGCACAUACAAAUACGACUGUGUCCAAUAGGGGCAAACGGACAAGAAAGUCAUCAGCACCAAGCCAGUCAGCAUCUCUCCAGCCUGAGAUUGCAGCUGCUAACAAUCCAGGAACACAGCAGUUGGUGGCAUCAAUAACAAAACAAGUACUGGACCAAUUGGAAUCCAGAAAAUUGAGACAAAGACAACACAGUCCUGACCUAUCUGAGGAUGAGGACAAUCAUCACAGUGGGAGAACCAGAGGGAGGCAAAGAAAGCGUUCAAAAAGCAAGUCAAGGAGGAAGAAACGAAGACACAGGUCUCCCCGAGGUCAGUCGAUUCAGGAAGCUGGCAAAAAGCAUGGACCCCAGCCCAACCAAGAUUCCAGCCCAGCUACUACAUCUUUGAACAACACUGCAGUUAAACUGUUUGAUGCAGCGUUUUCUUCAAAUACACAUGUUUCCUAUCGCACAGCGAUUAAUUCAUACAAUAAAUUUCACCUCCAUUUGACGGGAAUGUCUUCAUCUUUUCCUGCUCCAGUAGCGAAAGUGGUUCAGUAUAUAUCCUGGUUAUACCAGAAUGGCAAGUCAGCAAACACCAUUCAUACAUAUCUUGCAGGGUUGGCCUCUCAGCAUAAGAUGAAAGGCUUUGAGGAUCCAACUCAGUGUUUUCUAAUUAAGAAGAUAUUGAAAGGGGUGCAAAAUUUAUCUGCGGGCCCAGACAUGCGCCUUCCGAUUACACCAUCAAUUUUGGAGCAGUUGAUUUCAGCCUUACAGCACACGUCUCCCAACUAUUACGACAGAAAGCUUUUACAGGCUAUGUUUACUCUCAGUUUCUUUGGAUUUUUGCGAGUAGGGGAAAUAACAAUCUCAGGUAAAGAUUCUACUCGAAAUAUAAUUCAAUAUUCAAAUGUAGUCAUGGAUACUAUGCAUAACAAACCUGCAGACAUGGUGUUGUCACUUCGGUUUUUCAAACACCAUUCUUCACAUAGGCCAGUCCAUCUUAAGAUAUUUUGUCAAAACUGUAAAAGCAUUUGUCCAGUUGCAGCCAUGAAAUCUUAUCUUAAAGUUAGAGGGUGUACUCAAGGGCCUCUUUUCACUCUUGAUGGCUUUACACCCAUAACCCAAACCUAUUACUCCUCAAAGUUAAGAGAUGCAGUUUCCUUUAUUGGACUAGACUCAUCAAUGUACAAACCACAUUCCUUUCGUAUAGGUGCAGCUAGCACAGCUUUCCAAUGUCAAAUACCUGAGGAAAAUAUUCGACUUAUGGGACGCUGGAAUUCUGAUGCGGUAAAACGCUAUUUUAGAAUACCAGUUUUUGAUGGCAUGCAAAUCCAUAACAAGUAAAGUUGGGCUGGAAAGUUUGUUUAAUGGUUAAUAUAAUGUGAGACUGUCUGAGGCGGCUCAUAAUAACAUUACUAAUUUGUUUAGGACAUUCCCCCUACAUUUAAUUUCCAAAUACAUAAAUUUAUAUAUAUGACUGUCAACUGAGGCAUCAUCCCAUAUCAUGCUUUGGUAUAGGUCUGGCCAUGACCUAAGCUUCAUUCCUUUUAUUACCUACUACUGUACAUAGUGCCAAAUGUGUAUUGAUAUUGGAUAAUGAUUAGUUUGGGAAGUUGACUGAUUGUCUGAGGCGGCAUGAUACUUGACCCAUUCAUUUAUGAUAAUACUAUGUGGACAUUUGUAUACGAGACACUGACCUCGGCUUGUUAUGACUUUGUUUUAUUUUUAUAAUAUUUUGAAUAUUUUUCCUAUCCAAUUAGCUUUUUCAGUAUAAAUGUAAAAUGUGUAAAAGUUGAUUGACUGUCUGAGGCGGCAUGAUACCCAACACAUUUAUUUUAUGAUAAUACUAUGUAGACAUUUGUAUACGAGGCACUGACCUCGGCUUGUUAUGACUUUGUUUUAUUUUUAUAAUAUUUUGAAUAUUUUUCCUAUCCAAUUAGCUUUUUCAGUAUAAAUGUAAAAUGUGUAAAAGUUGAUUGACUGUCUGAGGCGGCAUGAUACCCAACACAUUUAUUUAUGAUAAUACUAUGUGGACAUUUGUAUAUGAGGCACUGACCUCAGCUUGUUAUGACUUUAUGCUUUAUUGUUGUAAUACGUUGAAUAUUUUUCUUGUUGAUUAGCCUCUUAAAUGUAAAAUGUGUAAAAGUUGAUUGACUGUCUGAGGCGGCAUGAUACUUAACACAUUCAUUUAUGAUAAAACGAUGUUGACAUUUGUAUACGAGGCACUGACCUCAGCUUGUUAUAACUUAUGUGUUAUUGUUAUAGUAUUUUGAAUAUUUUCCCUUUUAAGUCAGCUUUUCAAUUUUUGAUGUUUUGGGAAGUUGAUUGACUGUCUGAGGUGGCUUGAUACUUUUUCCAAUUUUGCAUGGAGUUGUAGUUAGUUUUUUUAUCAGUGUAUGAAGAUAAUUGACACAUGUUAUGGUAUGCCAUGAUUUAAGGAUAAAGAUUUACAUAUUUUGUUGACUGUCUUUCAUGAUGCCUCUACGUGGUUUAAUGUUGGAAAAUAUAUUGAUUCAACACUAAGUUAGUAAGUCAUAUCAGCAUAACCUAUUGCGAUUUAGGGGUUGUUUAAAAUUUACACAUCCCUACAUUUAAUGAAUCUUGAAAAAAUGGAUAUAUUAUGCAGAGGCUAUGAAUUUAGAUUAAUAUUUGUGUUCUAAUAUUGCUAGCACAAGAUUGCCUUCCUAGUCAGCAUAUACAAGGCAGCAAUUUAGUGGUUUAUGUUUCCAAUAUAUAUUAUGUAUUCUCAUUGUAGCACACAGGUUUCCUCUGGGUUGGGGGCACUUGAGCAGAUACUGCAGUUUUCUUGCUCAAGUUUGUGGCGUUUUUUAAGUAUUAUUUUUACCCAACCUUUUAUGCAAAGAGUUUUUUGAUAUUGUUGUUGAUUUAUCUAAUGGCAUUUAAUAAAUGCUCAAUUUUCGACAAUAUUGGUUUUUGCGUUUUUUGUUAGCAUAAAACAUAGAAGAGUUCACAUGUGUGCUACACUGGGGAAAUUACAGCUGAAACACGAUAGUAUAAUUGUAUUUAUGUGCAACAUAAAGGAAUUUAUACUAUCUGUUUUUUGUUCAUUAUAGUUUUGUCCCGGAAUUUCUAUUUUCCGGAUUUGACGUCUUAUCCUUGCCGUACUUUAGUUCGGCCGUCGACAGGAUCACGUGACUUCUUUGUUUAUGUUCACUGGCGGAGAAAAUUUUUUUCAACUUUCCCUCCUCCACCCCAUCUUACCUCCUAUGAAUUAUGUUCUAAAGCAUGCUUGCGUUUUUUAAGUAUGGCGUUUUUUAAGUAUUAUUUUUACCCAACCUUUUAUGCAAAGAGUUUUUUGAUAUUGUUGUUGAUUUAUCUAAUGGCAUUUAAUAAAUGCUCAAUUUUCGACAAUAUUGGUUUUUGCGUUUUUUGUUAGCAUAAAACAUAGCAGAGUUC